AGGGCCCAGUUUUAAACCGGACGAGUUUGAAUCCGCAACAAAUAUGGCGACCUCCAACAAGCGAACAUGCCUCCAGUAUCUACUACAUCUGGCCCAAGAUAAUUUGGACUUCAGGUUGCCGGAGAUUAAGGCUUUGCUGUCUCUCAGAGGAAAACCGUUCCAUCCUAGUCUAAACUUCAAAGAAAAGUCCCCUUUCUGGUGUUUGGAUGGUUUGUCUGAGGAGGAUGUCCGCGGCAUCAUGGCCAGAUCUGUUUGUGCAAAGUCUGCAUUUGAACUAUGGGGCCACGGACAAACACACAGUGAACUCAAAACAUCCCUCUUGAGCUACCCAGCAGAGAACAUGUCACCAUUCAUGCACAAAGACUCAACUUACAGAAUCAAUGUCUACACUUUCAACAAGACCCUGGAGUUUUCAGACAGAAUCAAAAGGAUAGAUGCUAUGGAGUAUCUUACGUUUGAAGGUGCAGUUAGCCUGAAGAGCCCCCAGCAUGUUUUCUGCUUGUUGGAAGAUUACGGCACAGACCCCAACAACAUCCCUGAGCAUCCAAACUACAUCUAUUUUGGCCGAUGGAUAGCGGAUGGACAGCGUGAACUUAUUCGCUCCCACAGUGUGAAAAACAGACACUUCAUAGGAAACACCAGUAUGGAUGCUGGGCUCUCAUUCAUUAUGGCCAACCACGCCAGGGUCAAAGAGAAUGACCUCGUCUUUGACCCGUUUGUUGGCACUGGGAGCCUGUUGGUAGCAUGUUCUCAGUUUGGAGCCUAUGUCUGUGGAACAGAUAUUGAUUACAACACUAUUCAUGGAAAAGGAAGGUCGAGCCGUAAAAACCAUAAGUGGCGUGGACCUGAUGAGAAUAUCAGAGCCAACCUGCGGCAGUAUGGAACAGAGAAGAUGUAUUUAGAUGUAAUGGUGUCUGAUGCAUCCAAGCCUGUGUGGAGGGAGGCUGCUCUAUUUGAUGCCGUCAUUACUGAUCCUCCGUAUGGUAUCCGUGAGUCCACAAGGAGAACAGGUUCCCACAAAGAUAACACUAAACCCCCUGACGGCAUCUAUGGAGAGUCUCAUGUCCCUGUCUCACAGGCAUACCACCUGAGUGACAUCUUCACAGAUCUGCUAAAUUUCGCUGCCCACCACCUGGUCAUGGGCGGGAGGCUCGUCUAUUGGCUGCCUGUCUACAGACCAGAUUGAGUGUCUUGGCCUUGUUUCCAUGUCGGACGUCUUCCAUGAAGGCCACGUCAGCUGACAAAUUAAGUUGACAAUUAUUAUUCUGUUGUUGUUGUUUAAAAACAUGUCUUGGUUUGUGGAAAUUUAUAUUUUGAUUUUGAAGUGUACUUUGUCCUCAUAGGCUUAGAUUGAGAGAGAUUUUUGCUGAAGUGUUGCUUUUCUCCAACUAAUACUUUGCAUCAAUAGGGGGCAGGCUCAUACCAUAAACCUUACCAGGUUUGUUGUCAGCAGAACCUACAGCAUUUUUGACUAUUUUUGGCCUAGUUAAUUCCCCAAUUAAGCAAACAACAUGAAGCAAAGAAGCAUUAUAAUGUAAACAUGAGUACACUUUAUACAAUCUAAUUACUGCAUAUGAUUAAAUUUGGCUUUGUAAAUGAAUCAAGGGAUAAUGUAACACAAACUGUAGUGAAUGUUGACAAAUAAGUUAAUGAGGUGCUGAAUGUCUUUGUAGCUCUUUCAGUUUGACGCCAGUAGAUUUACACACUAAGGACUUUUCCACUUGGGAUUUUUACCUUCCAGCGUUUCCCUGAAGCACAAUUCCAUUCUCGCUAACAUAAAACAUUGUACUGCGUUUGUAACCACCUGUGUAAAUGACACUGCAGGAUACAGGUGUGUUGAGGUUUUCCUAAACCUCAAACCACAACUGACAGCUCCUUUAUAUGUUGGCUCUAAAAGACGGCUCCUCUGAAACAAAGUUGUGCAUUGUUAAAUAUUCUGUGCAUUAGCAGAAAGCAGAAGAAAGUGCUGACUGUAAGUGCAGGUGUAAAGACAGCUGCAGCAAUGGACGUAGGGGAAGAAAAACCCUGCAGGGCGUGAUCUCCCUGUGGUCACUCUGGUUUUUAGUAUGUAUGUGAGAUAAAGAACAAGAAUAAUAACACACUUUGCAAAACUCUGGACAUUUGCUGGUGUGUGUGUGUGUGUGUGUGUGUGUGUGUGUGUGCAUCCAUACAUAUGCAUGAAUAUGCGUGUGGUCUUGUGGAUGAGGCCGUGCAUACAUGUGUGUCAUCAUGUUCACACAUUUGUCUUUGCUACUCAUCUACCGGCCCUGGACUCUGUGCUUGUCAGAGCGCCAUGCCAAAAUAAACGUCUGAGGCCAGGCAAGUCAGAAAUGUGAACUGUCUGUCUCUGUAGUCUGACCUCUGUGUGUGUGUGUGUGUGUGUGUGUGUGUGUGUGUGUUUCUGCACACAAUCACAUGUGUGUUUUGGAAUAUGUGUGUCGGUGUAUGUAAGCCCAGACGUAGUCUGUCUCCUGGGCCUAAUCUGGGGCUCUACUGGGGAGAUAUCGUGUUUCUGUCACCCCACAUAUGUAUGUAUCUGCAUCUAUGGCUGUGAUAUAAACAGUGGGGAUUGUGUGUGUGUCUGUCUGCUUCAUGAGAAUGGGGAGGGGAUGUGUGUGUGUGUGUGAUGACAGGUGACACAAAGUCCUGUCAGCAAAAGACGGCGUCUAGAACCAGGUCAGACCCCUUAAACUCUCUUCCCUUAAAAAAUAAAUGAAGGGAGAAAAAGUAUCAAGACAGAUGAUGAAAUAUCCGUCAUCACAGCCAUAAAGUGACCUAAUUACAAUAUAAACGAGUGAAGCGAAGAAGUAAGGUGAUACGUGUGUCACUGAGUAUGAGUGAGCCAUGUUUUUAUUUUCAGGUCAAAACUUCUUAUAAGUUGCUAGAGGCCACUGCUUCAGCAUCAGAUUGUGCAUGUUGUGAAGUUGAGAGCACAUGUACAUAUUAGCUGGUUUUUAAAUAAUAUGGUUAUAAUUUAAAAAUGUGUUUGGUGCAUUUCAAAUAAUUUGUUUUGUAUAAAGUAGGGCUGCAACUAAUGAUUAUUUUCAUUAUUGAAUAAUCUGCUGACUAUUUCACGAUUAAUAGGCAAAUCAUUCAGUCUAUAAAAUGUCAAGAAAUUGUGAAAAAUGCUCAUCACAAUUUUCCAGAGCCCAUAGUGACGUUUUCAGAUUGCUUCCUUGGUCCAACCAACAGUCCAAAACCCAAAGACUCUUCAUUUACUAUCAUAAAUUACAAAGAAUAGCAGCAAAUCCUCAAUUGAAGAAUUUUUGCUUAAAAAAUGCCCGAAA